GUUUUCUGGAUGAGAUGGUUACUGAUGCCCUAUUCAUUGACGAGGUGGAAAGGACUGUUAAGAUGAAGACGCUAAGUGUUGGAGUCAAUUUUUCUAAAAAUUGAAAUUGUCUAACUACUAGUCGCACGUGAAGAUAAGUCCUGUACAGGUGAACGCAUAUUAAACCACUAAGCCAAGAACUGCCAGCAGCACUCUCAGAUCUUGUCUUUGCCCACUCUCUAACUCUAGCGCCGUCAAGGGCGUUGUUCUUCCCGUUACCGCCAAACAGCUACGAGAUUUCUAUUUUGAAACUCUUUUGCCUUCUUUGCAGACUAGGGCAGCAAAAAUCUGGGCUAACUUUGACGAGAACGCUCCUCGCGUCCGUUUUUCAUUGCGAUCAGCCGAGGUCAUGAUCGGACAACGAGUUUUGACUCGUCUGGUGGAAACGCCAUGUUCAUCUGCAUCUUCAC